AUGGACACCGAGGGGUUAUCCCUAAUCUGUGCCGGUCUCGGAACCGUCGAAGAGGACCUUCAAAACAACCGAAUCGGUUACACGAAGGGCGAAUACUGUCUUGAUAACCUGAAAGACUUGCUGAGAUUUCUGAGGCGCGACGACCCCCAAACGCGCGAUGUGUUUAAACAAGUUUGCAAGUGGAAUAUUGUUUCCAAGGACUUGAUACCUAUCAUUGAGUAUUACCACGAAGAUCGCAACCUUCUUUUGAAUGCAGUUAAGGUUUUGGUGUUUCUUACAAUGCCGAUCGAGCCUUCGUCGACUGAUAUUCCUCAGCAGUUGGAGUAUUUGUGGGGUUUGAAGUCUGCAGUGACGAACAGUGAUGUUGCUGCAGUGAUCGUUUCGUUUCUAGAAAGACCACUUGAGAAUUUGGAGCAUGAUGCGUUCAGUGAGGAUGAUUGGAAAUUGGUGCAGCUAGUGCUUACAUUAUUUAGAAAUAUCCUAGCUGUUCAAGAAAUUCCGUUGCCGCACAAGUCGGGGGGAUUAGCUAGUCAGUUUUUAUCGCUGAGAGACAGAUUUCUGGAACUUUUGUUCCGAGAGAAUGUAAUGGAUAUAAUCUUGGUUAUAUCUCAGUAUGUUGGCGGUUCUAAUGUUUAUCUUCGUCAGGAUAACUUGCUUCUACUGGAAAUUUUCCAUUGCAUUUUUAUGGGUCAGGACCCGGAGUUAAUUGUUAAGGGGCAUUUGAAAGGAUCAAAGGCAGAUGAAGACCCUCAAGCUUCUCUUAGUAGUCUGCAAUCCAUUAUUGAGGAGGAAAAGAAGAGAAGAAAUACUUGUAGGCUUGGCAAUAUAAGUCGACAUUCGCAAUUUAGUGGCACAUUUGCACGGCUUACCAUGGAUGGUUCUAAGGCAGUUUUUAAGGGAAAUCCUAAUCCUUCUCAUAAUGUGCUGCUCAAAUCACUAAACCUCACUCGGGGUCCUGCCAAAAAAAUUGCAUGGGAUCAUCCAAGGUUGCCUUCAACAAAGGAUAAGAUAUUGGAGUUGCUUCAUGGAUUUGUUAAUCAGUUUCUUUCUGGUGGAUACAAUGUUUUGAUGAGAUCUGUUCGUGAAGAUAUAGAAAAGGAACAUCCUGCAAUACAAAAAAGUGAUGUUGUUGUUUUCUUUCAAGUGGCUGAAUUUGUCACUUCAUUUCAGUUUUACCAGCAUUCAGCGUCUAAGGUCAAUGACGGAUGGGACACAUUUGAGACUUUUGGGGAUAAAGAUGCAGAUACUUCAGAUUUCAGUGGUCAAAUAUGUGGCCCAAUUGCAGCAUCCUUGAAUGAGUCAAUGUUUCAAUUGGUCAUUUCAAAAUGGCGGCAUGCCUAUGAUGGUCUAAAGGAAACAAAUGACUACCAGUUUCUAUCUGCAGCUGGUUCUCUUUUGAAAAACAUGAUUCGCAUGCUGGAUUUGAUACUUAAAUUGUUGCCAGAAGACUCAAAGGAGCCACAAACAGCUCGCAUCCUUCUUUACAAGUUAUUUUAUGAUCAGACUGAGGAAGGGAUGACUCAGUUCCUGUUGAAUUUGAUGAAAACGUUUGACACCCACAAACAACCCAAAAGUGAUCUUGCAGAUUUGGUAGAAAUCAUUCACAAGGUUGUAAAGCUGAUGGAUAACCUUCAGUCUCGAGGAGCAUUGAGGGUGUCUCGAAAAUUGAGGAAGGCAAAAAAAAAGAAAUUUCCAGAAGGAACAGAAUCAGGGGACAAACCAACUGAAGUUAAUUCUUGCUUUCAAAAUGAAACUGGUGACAAACCCACCGAAGAUCAUUCUUGCAUUCAAAAUGAAACUGGCACUCAAUUAGCAGAAAAUCAGCCCCUGCAGGAAUACACGGCAAAUGCAAAUUCCACCAGGGAGGAUGUCCCUGAUGAUAACGAACAUGAAAAUAAUGUUGAGGAAGAUGGUAACUCCCAAGUUGGUUUAGAACAAAUGGAAACCACAAAUUCUAAACAUGCUAACAAUGAUAUGUUGGAUGGAACUGGUGAUUUUUCCGAAGAUGAGCAACUAAAUGCAAUUAAUGAAGUUGAUUUCAAGGUUUCAUCAUUGGUCUCUGCCUUUGCAAAUCACAGCCUCAUUCAAAAAUUAUGUUGGUUGCUCAAGUUUUAUAAGAGCAAUUCCCUUGCUACAAAUCAUUACAUAAUAAGCAUGUUGCGGAGAAUAAGUGAUGACCUUGAACUCCAUCCAAUGCUUUACCAGUUGUCACUGCUCACAAUUUUUUAUGACAUCCUGGUUGAACAAAAGUCAUGUCCCUGCAAGGAAUAUGCAGAUAUAGUUGAUUUCCUAACUUGUUUGGUUAGAAAGAUGCUAAAGAAAAUGAAAAAGCAACCACUCUUGUUUGUGGAAGUCCUUUUCUGGAAGUCCCGUAGGGAAUGCCAUUACAUCAAUGCUGAAUAUUUGUUAAAUGAGCUUGGUCAUUUGAGGAAAGAAAGUAUAAAUUGGAACAACACUCAAGGAGAUGGAGGAAUUGGUUCAUCCCCAGGGAAGGCAUGGACUCGUAGAAGCAUAGCUGAUGCACUUGGUGAGGAUGAAGCUGAUGUUGUGAUCACUCAUGACUCAGGCUUUCAAGACUAUAGAGACAAGCUUGAUGAUGUUAUUGAAGGCUUCACAUCUACCUCAAGCAGUGAUGAUGGCAAAGAUGAUCGCAAUGAGGAGCAAUUGAUGGAAGAUGAAUCUCGUAUAGCUCCAAGGAGAAAGAAAAAACUUGUUCUUGAUGGUGAUAUGGAGAGACAGAUUAAGGAUCUCUAUGAGAAAUUCAAAGAUGAUCGACAUUGCAGUCGUUGUAUCGCUGAAGUCAUAGAUCCAGAUGGUAAAAUUUCACCAGCUCAAAUUUCCAAUAUAUUAAAAAAAUUAGGACUCAGAGUUGUGCCUAUGAAAAAGAUGGUUGAUGCUGAAGGAUCUUUGUCGACUACCCCUAAUCAGUUAGAGGGUGAUGGAGUAGCAGGAGUUACUAAUCAUAAAUCGGAGGGAAGUCUGUCAGUUCAGCACCUGCAGAAAAGGAAGAGGGUUCAAGCUUUCAAUGAAGAUCAGGAAGCUCUGAUCAAAGUUCUAUAUGAGCAAUUCAAGGACCAUAGAAGAUGUAGCUACAUGAUAGCUAAUGCACUGGAUGUGGAUGGUAAAUUCACUCCUGCCCAAGUCUCUCGAAAACUUAAGCAGCUUGGUUUAUGUAAUCCUCGGAAGAAGAGUUUUGAAGGCAAAAUGCACCCAAAGGGUGAAGAUCUCAUGGAUUGUUCAAAAGAUAGAAUGAGUGAAUCUGAUGAUGAGCCAUUGAUAUCGUUGGUUGAAAGGAAAAAAAUGGAAAAUAUCAAGGUAUCAAGGGAACAGUCACAUGGACAAACCGGUGAGGAUAUAUUGUCAAAAGAUGAUUCUGAUGAAGAAAUGCUCAGUUCUGUUCUCAAGAAAAAAAGGAACAGCAGAGUAUCAACUGAACAGUUACUUGAAUACUCCAGUGGUGAUACAUUGUUGAGAGAUGAUUCAGACGAUGUCAAGAUCAGCUCUUCUCUCAAGAGAACUAGAAGAUCCUUUCUUAAAUCAAAACAUGUUGAGCUUGAAAACAUCCGAGUACAGGAGAGAAUGAUGAGCAAUGAAUCUUUUAAUGGAGGCAUGAAAGAGGUUUUGGAAAGUGAAAAUCAGGUUGGUUUCUUGAACUCCUACCAAAUAGAACAUCAGCAAGUGGAUGACUUGGCAGACUCAGAGGAUGAAGUGGCUGUUAGUGCAUUUCCUGACAGAGCCGUAUCCAGAAGGAAGCUGAGAAUGGUGAUUGAUCCGGAGGAUGAUGACUAA